AUGGCUGGUUCUUCUGACUUUCCGUCCAUUGCUGAUCGUUUGGCCCUCUGGGAGAAGCGCGGUUUUGCGCAACAUGAUGCUUGGAUGGUCUCCCAAGUUCGCAAUCUGGCUGCCGAGGAGGAGGAGGACUCGUGGGUCGUUUCUCCUGAGGUCGAGGAAGUGCCUCAAGCUGAAGUAGAGGCUGCAGAGGAGGUUUAUUCGCUGUUUAUGGCUGCAGAGGGCGAUUCUGAUCCAAGCAGCAGUGACGCUACCAUGAGCAGCUGCUUCAGUGACAGCAGCAGCAGCGGCCAGAGCUCCCAGGAGGAGCCUUCCACUGCCAUUGCUGUCAACAGCCUCUGCUGCAGCAACUACAGGUUCAACUGCUACAACACUUACAGCAAGCAGUACAGUGACACCUCGUUGCUCCUUGACCUGGUGCUUCUGCUGGUUUCGUUUACAGUGAGUAAGAACGUGGUAAUUGCUGUGCAUCUUGCAUCACGGAUGGGUCUGCUGGGUGCAGACCAGAGCGUGGUCGGGGGAACGCCUGCAGCCAGUUGUAGACUGCUCCCUACACGGCGUCCCAGACCUGGCAGCACACGAGUAGCAGUGGUUCAGCCAGCUAUGGUGGAGAAAACGAUGGUGACUGUUUCUGUUGGAGGUCUCCAGGCUCUCAAAGGAGCUUCAGCAGCACUUGGGAUGAAGAUGCCGGCUAGGGCUGGAGGUGUGGUGUGUGAGGACAAGAAGCAGCCUUCAGGAGCUUUGGUUAUUCCUUCUGGUGGAGGUGUCAAGAAGGGGUCAGCAGUAGCAGAAAGUAAGAUGCAGCAGCACGUGAGGGUUGGAAGCUUGGCAUUCGGUGCACAGAACUCGCCUUCAGGUCGUGUGGACUCUCCUCCUGGUGGACGUAUCAAGGGAGCGCCGGCAGCCUUACAGAGCAAGAUGAAGCAGCAGCAAGUUGGUUCGGGAGCAUCACAGAGCAAGAAGAAGCAGCAGCAAGUUGGUUCGGCAGCAUCACAGAGCAAGGAAAAGCAGCAGAAGCAAGUUGGUUCGGCAGCAUCACAGAGCAAGAAGAAGCAGCAGAAGCAAGUUGGUUCGGCAGCAUCACAGAGCAAGGAGAAGCAGCAGAAGCAAGUUGGUUCGGCAGCAUCACAGAGCAAGAAGAAGCAGCAGCAGCAAGUUGGUUCGGCAGCAUCACAGAGCAAGGAGAAGCAGCAGCAAGUUGGGUUGGCAGCAUCACAGAGCAAGGAGAAGCAGCAGCAAGCUGGGUUGGCAGUAUCACAGAGAAAGGAGAAGCAGCAGCAAGUUGGGUUGGCAGCAUCACAGAGCAAGGAGAAGCAGCAGCAAGCUGGUUCGGCAGCAUCACAGAGAAAGGAGAAGCAGCAGCAAGUUGGUUCGGCAGCAUCAGAGAGCAAUGAGCAGCAGCAACAAGUUGGGUUGGCAGUAUCACAGGGCAAGAAGAAGCAGCAGGAGCAAGCUGGGGGUGUGAGGGUUGGGAGGAGGGUGGAUCCUUCAAGAAUGACAAGGGUAGUGGCAAUAAGGCCUCCUUGGAGGCCAUAA